UCUCUUUUCCUUUCCCUCCCCUGUUAAACGAGACUCGGGAACAAAAAUUUUCCAAAUCAUGAAAAAUUCUCUUCUAAUCUCUUUAAUUUGAGAGGAUGAAUAUACGGUCAUAUUUUCUUCCCUUUUCCCAAUGAAACUUUUUUUCAUAUUUUCAUCUGGUUUCCCUCUUGAGAAAGUUUGAACUCCUGGGAAGCAUGUUUGAGGUUGGAAGCAAAUGUAGUGUUGAGUUUUCUUGUGAAAAGUGUUUGCAGAGCCACUGUACCUAAUUUGCAGCAACAAUUAACCCACCAGGUCUCAAUCUACCAACCCAAUAUGAUUCACAAUGAACAAGCAUACUCCAGGUUGUUGGCGAUAUGUCUUCAACAUUGCAAACAAAUUCAGACCCGCCAACUGUUCGACGAAAUGCCUCAAAGAGUUAAACAAGCUUCCAGAGCCGUUAACCUCAUCCAUGCCCAAAGCUUGACUCUGGGUUUCGAUUCCAUAGGUAAACUUGGCAAUGCCAUUGUCGAUUUGCACGCUAAAUGUGGCAACAUUGUGUUUGCUCAGAAGAGUUUUGACCGUUUGGAACGACGAGAUACGCUGGCGUGGAACUCGGUUUUAUCGAUGUAUUCGAGACAGGGAAUGUUGGAAUAUGUUUUACGGCUCUUUGGGUCUAUGCGGGCUUCUGGGGUUGAUCCGAAUCAGUUUACUUAUGCCAUUGUUUUAUCGGUUUGUGCAAGAUUGACGGAUAUUGUGUUGGGUAAGGCGGUGCAUUGUCAUGUUGUGAAAACGGGGUUCGUGUGUGAUUCGUUUUGUGAAGGAUCGCUUAUUGACAUGUAUGCGAAAUGUGGCCUUGUAGAUGAUGCAUCAAAGAUAUUUGAUGGGUGCGUGUACGCGGAUACGGUUUCGUGGACCGCGAUGAUUGCCGGUUAUGUAAAAGGUGGUCUCCCUGACAAGGCGAUAACGUUAUUUAAGGAUAUGUUGAAAGUAGGUCGUAUACCAGAUCAAGUGGCAUUUGUAACUGUCAUUAGCGCGUGUAUUGAAUCAGGGCGUUUCAAUGACGCACGCCAGUUGUUCGAUAAAAUGCGUGAUCCAAAUGUUGUAGCAUGGAAUGUCAUGAUCUCAGGGCAUGCUCGGGACGGUUGUUACCAUAUGGCUAUCGAUUAUUUCAAAAGCAUGACUAGAUACGGGAUUAAACCGACUCGAUCCACACUAGGAAGUGUUUUAAGCGCCAUUGCGAGUACAUCUGAUCUUGAUUGCGGUUCACAAGUUCAUGCGUUAGCAACCAAACAAGGGUUGUUUUCCAAUGUUUAUGUUGGAAGUUCUUUGAUCAACAUGUAUUCAAAGUGUCAAGAAUUGUAUUUUGCGAGGAGUGUCUUUGAUGCAUUAGACGAUAAAAAUACUGUUUUAUGGAACACAAUGCUCGGAGGUUACGCCCAAAAUAGAAACGCUGAUGAAGUAAUUAGUCUGUUCAUAAACAUGAGACAUGCUGGCUUCAUACCGGAUGAAUUUACUUACACUAGUGUUUUGAGCGCGUCUGCUUCUUUGAAAAGUGUUGAAUUAGGGAAGCAGUUGCAUUCACUUGUCGUCAAAUACAAGUUCAACAUGAACUUAUUUGUCGGAAAUGCAUUGGUAGAUAUGUACGCAAAGUCGAGUUCUCUACACGAUGCUAUAAAACAAUUUAACAUGAUAAAGAAUCGCGAUAAUGUUUCUUGGAAUGCAAUGAUAGUCGGGUUUGUGCAGGAAGAAGAAGAAAGCAAGGCGUUUAGCAUGUUUCAGAAGAUGCGAAAAGACGCUAUUACCCCCGAUGAGGUAUGUUUUGCUAGUUUACUCAGUGCUUGUGCAAAUGUCCAAUCUAUCACCAAAGGAAAACAAUUGCAUUCACUUUUAGUUAAGUUAAAUAUGGAAACCCGCCUUUAUUCCGGAAGCUCUCUUCUUGAUAUGUAUUCUAAAUGCCGGGUCGUUUCGGACGCACAAAAAAUCUAUAGUUCCAUGUCGGUGAAAAGCGUAGCUUCUACUAACGCUUUAAUUGGUGGGUUUGUUGUUCAAAAUUCCGUUACGUUAGCUAUAAGUUUGUUUAAAGAUAUGCUAUAUGGAGGAUUGUUAAACCCAUCGGAGGUUACGUUAGCAAGCUUAUUGGAUGGCUGCAAUGAACCUUCCAAAUUGACUCUCGGAAGACAAAUUCACAAUUUUGUUAUAAAAUACGGUUUUUCUGGUUAUGAUGAUGAAUUCUUGGCGGUGUCUCUUUUGGGCAUGUAUUUUAACACGCGGGUCCCGGCAGAUGCUUUGGUUGUCUACUCAGAGUUGCCAGACCCGAAAAGCACGGUUAUGUGGACGGCCGUUUUAUCGGGACUUGCUCAAAACGAUUGCAGUGACAACGCGUUGGAAAUAUACCUAGAAAUGAGGAGAAACAAUAUAAUGCCCGAUCAAGCGACGUUUGUUAGCGUUCUUAAAGCAUGUGCAGCGUUAGCGUCUUUACAAGACGGUCAUGUGGUCCACUCGCUCGUUUUCCACACGGGUUUUGACUCAGAUGAGUUGACUUGCAGUGCUCUCGUGGACAUGUACGCUAAAUGUGGGGACAUCGCAAGUGCUUCGCAAGUCUUUAACGAAAUAAUUAACAAAAAAGAUGUCAUCACAUGGAACUCGAUGAUUGUCGGUUAUGCGAAAAACGGGUACGCGGAGGACGCACUACGUAUCUUUAACGAAAUGAGUGAGUCAAAGUCAAAUAUAAAGCCCGAUGACAUCACGUUUCUUGGAGUACUCACAGCUUGCAGUCACGCAGGAAAAGUAACCGAAGGACGUCGUAUUUUUGACUCUAUGAUUAACCACUACAAGAUGGAACCACGUAUGGAUCAUAUUUCAUGUAUGAUCGAUCUUCUCGGAAGGUGGGGUAAUCUCACGGAGGCCGAGGAAAUAAUCGACAAGUUAGAAUUCAAACCGAACGCUAUGAUUUGGGCUACGUUUCUCGGUGCGUGUAGAAUACACGGUGAUGAAAGAAGAGGAAAACGUGCGAGUGAUGAGUUGUCAAAUUUGGAGCCCGAUAGUUCGGCUUCGUUUGUGUUGCUUUCUAAUAUAUUUGCGGCUUCGGGGCGAUGGGACCAAGUGAAGUUAGUUAGAAGGGAAAUGAAAGAGAAGGGCGUUAAGAAGCAUCCGGGAUGUAGUUGGAUUAAGUUGGGAGAGAGUACACACUUGUUUGUUUCGGGGGAUGACUCUCAUUCGAAGUGUGGUGAAAUAUACGCGCUUUUGAAACAACUGAAAGCGCCAAUGAAGGAUCAAGGGUAUGCUCCACUAAUGCUAUGAUCUUGCUGCAGUCAUAUAAAGGAACCGAUUGCAUGUUGCUGGAACUAAAGGAAAGGCAGGGAUCAACAUGCACGUUUUGUGAAGCAAUUUUACGGGACUCCUCAUUUAUUUGAUGUAAAAGAAAGGUUCCCGUCACCAUGGUUAAAUGUCGAGAAUAUCCUCUAGUGUUGACAAAAAGAAACCUUGUGAACCCAGAUCAUUACUGUGAACCAAGAUCCUGCAGAUCCAAGAUCCUGUUGUGUCGCUUGGCUUUGAUCACAUGGAAAUUCUCGGUCUGUUCUUUUCAUGCAUAACUCUCUUUAUGAAUACAAUUUUCAAAUUUGUGUAAGCCUAAAGUUCCUGCAUUCACUGUACCUCAACUUCCGGAAGCAAUGGCGGCUGUUCUUAAACAAAAGGCACAUGAAUCGGACAGACAAGAAGAUGAGCCUCCAUUUGAGUCGGAAGGUGGACAGCAGCAACAGCCGAGUCUAGUUUAGCUCGUGUCGGUUGGUGAAGGGUGCACUGCGGAUGGGCAAAUCCCUUUGAAAUUGUGCUUUUCUCUUCAUGCAUGAAAUCAUGUACAAGAUUGGUUGACUCCUCCGCAACAAUUUAAAAAAAAAAAGAUUUUUGCCCAAAUUUUGACCUGCACGGAAAGGUUGAUGUUUAUAACCCGAACCCAUCGCAAAUUAAGUUUCAUAUGUGUAAAGAGUUUGCCAGCUUGAUACAUAUUCAAAUUGGUGUACGUUUUGUUGAUGUACGUCUUAAACACUAUUCUUGGCCCAGUAGUGAAGUAUAAUUUGAAACCGUUGUUCUUAGUAUAUGUAGAAGUUGGAACACGGGCCAAUGCUCAUGUGCAAUCAAAUUGUAGAUGUGAUAAGAUAUGUAGGUCGGGUAACAUGUCAAAACAAAUAAUCUUUUAGUGCAUGUUAGAACAGGGUGUUGACCCAUCAA